AUGGAUCGAAUAACAACAAUCAGAGAUCUCAUAGGAGUCAUCAAGGACAAGGUUUCACUAUCCAAAGCAGCUCUAAUUUCCGAACCAAGCAAACUCUCUCUCCACCAAGCAGUCAUAAAAGCCACCACCCACUCACCCUCCACCGCACCGGACUACCUCUCCACGCUCCUUUCCCUCGGAGAGAGCUCACGCGCCACCGCCUCCGCCCUCAUCCAAUCCCUCAUGAACCGCCUCAACCGCACCCGCAACGCCUCCUGCCUCCUCACCAUCCACCACAUUCUUAAACGUGGACCCUUCAUCCUCCAAGACCAACUCUCCAUCUUCCCUUCCUCUGGCGGCCGGAACUACCUCAAACUCUCCGCUUUCCGCGACGGCGCCACGGCAGACACGUGGGCUCUUUCUGCAUGGGUCAGGUGGUAUGCUCGUUACCUCGAAACCCUAAUUUCCGCUUCUAGGGUUUUGGGUUUCCUGUUAUGCUCAUCUCCAUGGACUGCAGAGAAAGAUAAAGAAGAAGAAAGAGUCUCAUCAUCCAUGAACACAGAGUUAAUCAGAGACGUUGAUUCUUUGGUUAGAGUAAUCGAAGACAUGUGCGAAGUACCAGAUUCUCUUCUUGUUGAAGGUAACCAAUUAUUGCAAGAGGUCAUGGGUCUAUUAGGUGGUGAUUAUUUGUCUGCAUUAAAUGAGGUUGUGUUACGACUCGGUGAGUUCAAGGAGAGACUGAGUUAUGUGAGUUUUGGUGAAUCGGUUGAGUUGGUGUGUGCUUUGAAGAGAUUAGAGGAUUGUAAAGAGAGGUUGGUGGUGUUCAUUACUAUGAAACAGCCUUCGACCGAGACUUUGUGGGGUUUGAUUGGAGAGUUAAAGGAUAGGAUUAAAAUGAUUGAUGUAGACAGAGAGGCUGGGAAGUUGGUUAAUAUUGGAAGUAGAAGAGCAAUAUUGAGAAAGGCUGGUGGAGGUGGGUUUUGGGAAGCUACCAGCGUUGGGUAUGGUGUAGGAAACUCCCGGAGCAAGAGGGGAGUUGGAGUAAUCGACAUGGAUUGGAGUAAUCGUACAAGCCCGACAAGUACCCAUGGAACCUCUUUCCUCCGGUAA